AUGCUUCUCGGUGCCUUCUUAGCCGGUAUGACGCUCGUAGUCUGGCCAUCUAACCGCGAUGAUGUCCUAAACUACAAACACAUUUUCGAGGAGAUAUUCGAACCACUCCUCAAACGCUACUUUGCAUCUAUUUUCUUCGCGUCUAUCGGUUACUGUAUACCAUUCCUCGAUCUCUUCACCGCCAAGAGAUUCUGGCAGGGUUUGGUGUACAGUGUCCUUAUGCUUAUCGGUAAGCUGCUCGUCGGGAUAUGGAUCCCGAUACGCGACUGCAUUUCCAAAGAGACAAUAAUCGUCGGCGACGCGGAGAACCAAAAGAAGAAAACAAAGUGGGGUCUCGGAAAACCAAACAAAAAUAGCUGGAUCUCGGGUCUUAUUCUUGGCAGUGCCAUGUUGGCGAGAGGCGAGAUAGGUGUGUUGAUUCUACAAGUCAGUCUUAGUACUACACAAGCGAAUGCCAACUCCCCCGGCGCUAUCUCUGUGAUGGACACCGAGACUUACUUGAUCGGCAUCUGGGCCGUUGCAUGGAAUACCAUUAUUGGACCAGUCGCAUUUGGCCUGCUCGUCAGAUUCUUUGGUCAGAAAAUCAUCGAUUCACAUUGGGGUAGCACUCUUCGCAUUAAACUCGAACAAGAGGAGAAGAAUGCGAAUGAGAAUGGGGAUACAAAAGAUAGUGAAAACGGUGAUAGCGGUGAUGACGGAGACAAUGAAAAUGCUAGAAAUGCAAGAACUGCUCAAGACAAUUCUCAAAAUCUGGAUGAUCAAGAGAAUGAAAAGGUCAGGCGUGAGGAUAACGUUUGA